UUUUGUUGACGUGUGCUUUUACUUACUUGUAAAGUGCCGGGCGUUUAAUCAAGAUUUUCCACUAAAAAAACGAGUAUUACUUAGGCCACGAGUAUCCAAAAGUACCAAUUAAACUAAAAUGGCACAAAUCAACACAGUUUUAACCAAAUUCUACAACGAUUACUCGGCCAAGACUUCUAAAAAGCUUAAAGUCAUCGAUGCCUACCUAUUUUACAUCUUAUUAACUGGUAUUAUUCAGUUUGUGUAUUGUAUUUUGGUUGGAACCUUCCCUUUUAACUCGUUUUUGAGUGGGUUUAUAUCUACUGUGAGUUGCUUCGUUUUGGGAGUUUGUCUAAGACUGCAAGUUAACCCCGAAAACAAGAACCAAUUCUACGGCAUCAGCCCCGAGAGAGGAUUUGCAGACUUCAUAUUUGCCCAUGUAAUUUUGCAUUUAGUCGUAAUGAACUUUAUUGGAUAGAGUAUUUUACCAUAAUACUUGUUAAGAUAAGAAUGUAAUUAGGUUUUUCAAUAAAUUGCUAUGCGAGAAACAAAUAA